AUGUCCGGCCGUCGCAAGGCGACACCAGUUAGACUUUCCGAGACAAGAGAAACACUUCUUCCUGCUAGAACUAUAGAAUCGAUGCCAAGUACAUCGGCCGCUAGUGAUACUCAAACUGGUAGUAUUUCGGGUACCAUACUGACAUCAGAAUCAACCGCACCAGCUAAAAUAUUGCAGAAGCAGCGAAUUCCUGAUGACGUUGUAAAGCAAGAACUGCCAAGAGAGCAAGGAGUGAUGGAGAUGAAUUCAACAUCUUCACCUCGGAGGCAUGCAGAUUCAUCGAAAAGUGAUGCAUCAAGUAUCUCAGAAAACACCAAGUUCGUUUUUCUUGAUUUAUCAUUCUAG